AUGGCGGCAGCGCAGGUCAGCAAAAACCAGAGGCGGCGCGCAAAGAAGAAGGCCGAGAAGGCUGAGAAAAAGGCACAAGCUGAGAGCUCUACGCCAGUCGAAGAAACCCAAGAGGCCGAAAUAAAUGGCGAAGAGGCUGCACAGGUAGAUGCCGCGCCGGCAGACGCUCCCACUGACCUCGAGGUUAAGAAAGAUGCUACAGCUCCCGCGAAAGCCGAGCCCGAUGGUCCCGUCGAGAUCGACUUCGAUAACGAUGAUCCUGCUUUCGCCAUGUAUAAGCACAUCUUUACCAGAUUUGGCGCGUCUGGGGAAGAAAAUGAGAUCGCGAAAGAGGCCAAUGCUGGCAACCAGGGCGAAGUCUUCUUCGAUGACGACAAUGAGAUCCCCGACGAGGCGGAAGAGUCAGGACCACCCAAGCUUUCCAAAAAGAAGAGGAAACAGCUCAACAAGCUCUCAGUUGCCGAGCUAAAGGCAUUGGUCUCGAAACCCGAAGUCGUUGAAUGGCAUGAUACUUCAUCCGCAGACCCGCGGUUACUGGUGCAAAUCAAGGCGCAACGAAAUGUUGUACCGGUCCCCUCACAUUGGUCUUUGAAACGAGAAUAUCUUUCGUCAAAGCGAGGUAUCGAGAAGUCCGCCUUCAAACUCCCCAAGUUCAUUGCAGACACCGGCAUUGCAGAGAUGAGAGAUGCCGUUCUUGAAAAGCAGGCAGAGCAAAGCCUCAAGCAGAAGCAAAGAGAACGAGUGUCAGGAAAACUGGGCAAGCUCGAUAUUGACUAUCAAAAGCUCUAUGACGCGUUCUUUAGAUUCCAGGAAAAACCGACGCUCACUCGGUUUGGCGAGGUCUACUACGAAGGCAAAGAGUACGAGACUGAUCUGAGGCAUUUGCGACCUGGCGAGAUGAGCGAGACCUUGAAAGAGGCUCUGAGUAUUCCCCCGGGAGCUCCACCGCCAUGGCUAAUUCAUCAACAACGAUUUGGACCUCCUCCAUCUUACCCAUCCCUCCGAAUUCCUGGUCUCAAUGCCCCCAUCCCCCCGGGUGCACAAUGGGGAUUCAACCCCGGAUGCUGGGGUAAGCCACCCGUGGACGAAUACAAUCGACCUUUGUUUGGUGGAGAUAUCUUCGGUAUCAUGCAACCGACACAAGCAGCACCAUCAGCUGGAGAGCCGGUUGAGCGUAAUCUUUGGGGUGAGCUGCAACCACCAGAAGAAGAGUCCGAGGAGGAGGAGGAGGAUGAUGAAGAUGAUGAAGAGGAAGAAGACGAAGAGGACGUUGGUGCCGGCCUUCAGACACCUUCGGGCAUGGAGACCCCUGGUGGUAUGACCAGCACCGUGCCUACUGAGUACGGCACGCAGACUGAAGCCAUGUCUGGCGAAUUCGAUCUACGCAAGAACAGACGUGGCCACGAAACGGAGGAGAGCAUGCAUCCCCGCUCAGCCUACACCGUCAUCCCCGAGCGUCAAGCACGCGCAGAAGGUUUCUUCGGCAGUGACAGGACAUAUGACCUUAGCAAAUCUGGUCAUGGUGAUAUGCGCGUUCUGGGUCAGGACGAUGACCGAGGCCACAAGCGCAAGAAGCCGGGAGAUAUUGAUGUUGCCCUCGACCCUGAAGCCCUCAUGUCUGGCGAUGGUCUCAGCAAGGAUGAACUAAGGCGGCGUUAUGACGAGGGUAAACGUGAGGAAGGUCCCGGUGCUCAAUGGAGAAGGGAGGAAGGUUUGGAUGAGAUGAUUGCAAAUGAAAGCCGCAAAAGACUGAAGCGGGAUGAGGAGAAGCGAGACGAGAGGAAGAAGUACAAGUUCUAA